AUGUCCACAAAGAAGGCACUCAAGGCCAUAAAAGCCCAGCUGGAAGAGGGCAAUCACGAGGCAGCGCUGUAUCAGGCAACCAACCUGCUGAAAUCAGUGGACAAGGACGCUCCAGAGGUAGCCCAAAUACUGGUCUUUCGUGGUUUGGCUCUCACACAUGCUCAGAAAUGGGACGAGGCUGAAAAGUCAUACUUUCAAGCAUACCGGAUUGAUCCUACAAACCCCUUAGCAGGGCAUGGUCUACGAAAGCUAUACGAGAAGCAAGAGGCUUGGGACAAGCUCUGCAGGUUCUUAGAGAUUCAGGUACAGGCAUCUUUUGAUUCAAGAGAUCCCGACAAAACGGCAACUGCUUUGCAAGAACUGCUUACCCUCCGUCAGACACAUGGUCCUCAAGAAAAGGUCUUGGAGAUACUCAUACUCCUUGUGUCAGAUGGACCCCUCGUAUCUCUAUUACAAUCUGCUACCCCACCUUCCGGCACCUAUGUCCCUUUUCCCACUCCACUAUACCCUCCCCCUUCUUUGUCUGUACAACCCACUUUGCCUCGAGAAUUACCACAUAUCUUGCAUCUGGUAGGAUCUCUCCCCUUAGCUCUCAAUCUCCUCAUUCGAGCAAAAUCAAUCGUUCACACAAUCAUCGAGCAGAAGGUCGAGGCAGGACGGAAAAGACUAGGUGCUGGAUCUCCAAGCGAGGUCAGACGGAAUGUGGAGGCGGAGAUCUUGGGAGGGUCAGAAGGAAUGGCUAUGGUGGAUCUAUUGGAAGAGGUAGCCCGGCAUCCGAAUACAGACGAGGAAGUCAGACGAGAUGUGGAAGUGGAGCAAUUUAUUUUUUGGCGUAACCUAGCAGCCAGUACUCAGUGGGUUUUAUUACUACCCUUACAAUGCUCACUCACUGAUCAAACAAGAUCCGAAGGAAAGCCCACUACAGCACAGAAUGCCGCUCCAACGACCUUGCGCGUAUCCAAUGUGGAGACUGCAUCCACUUUCAACCUACCAGAACCGAGUCUUUUCGUUAGGCAUACUCCGCCUACCGUCAGUAAAGGCGAGGCUGUCCAAAAAGCUUCAGCUCUAGCCGAGGGCUUCGUCCUGCUCAAUGUCACGACGCCAGGAGCUGAGGAGGCUUGGUCAUGGGUCAUAGAAGGUACUGAUCAAAAGGACAUAUUUUACGAUCUAGAAAGUCUGAAUAAAUUCGUUCUCGCUUUCCCCUCGACUCCCUUGUCAGACUUCACUGAAGACUAUUGUCGUUGGUUCCAUCUACCUCUGCCCGACGCAGACGAUGAGGGGGAUGAAAACCCGUCUUCGGAGGCGCUGAAAGAUCAUUCGAGUAUUAAGAAGCGAAAGGCUUCAAGGCCUGGCAAGACAAAAGGUCCCAAUGCCAGAGAUCGACGAAAGGCUCGACGACUUGCGGAGAAGGAGGGUACCCUAGCGGAGGACGUUGAUCAAGAAGAGAAAGAGGAGUUGAUCGCUGAAAUGACGAAACUGCUGAGAAAACUUCCCAAGUCUGUCUUCGCUCACCGAGUGAUGACGAGAGUAUCGAUACAAGAAGAAGAUUGGCAGAAUGCUGUCACCUACGCUGAAAAAUCGAGGAUUUUGUUAAAAGAGCUCGAGAGUGAGCGUGGGACCACAAUGCCCCUGACACGUCUCUCUAUUGACACUGCACUCGGUAUCGCUCUUGUACCUUACUAUCCACCGAAACACCAUGCUAGAGCCAAUCGUCUCCUCUCGGAUGUCCUCAGCCAACAAAUGAACAAUCUGGAAGCUCGCUUUGCCCGUGCUAGAAUUUUGCAGACUGAGGGGAAAUGGGCAGAAGCGCGAGAGGAAUUCCAGAUUAUGCUGGAUUCUGGUCCUGAAGAGAGGGAAGCGGUCGCUGCACGUGAAGAGAUCGGGUGGUGUUUGGUCAAUGAGGACAAGCUAUCAGAAGGACGUGAUGUUCUCGAGGAGGUAGUACAACGUCGAGAAACUCGGAAAGAGCAGGACAGUAAUGACGACGAGGCUUACGCUAGAGCAAGGGGUUGGUAUCGACUCGGAAGGUGUGAAUGGCUCAUCGGAGACGAGGAGAAUCGGCAGCAUGCAGAAGAAUGGUUCAUGGCUUCAUGUCGUGCUCUACCAUCCUAUGCUCCAGCUUACACUUCCCUUGGAAUCUCCUACGAAUCUAACAUACCUCCGGACGAAGAUCGUGCUUUGAAGUGUUUUCAAAAGGCUUUCGAGCUGGAUGCUACUGAAGUGGAAGCUGCCAGGAGAUUGGUCAUUGGUUAUGCCGACGAUGAUGAAUGGGCUUUGGUAAGGGGUAUAGCUAUGAGAGUUAUGGAAGGUGAAGGAGGGGUAGAAGGGAUCGCAGGUGGAGAUGUUUUAAAUGCUAAGGGACGAUUUGCACCAAAAAAUGGGUGGGCUUGGAAAGCUCUGGGAUCGACCGAGAUGCACUAUAAGAAGUAUGCUGAGGCAACUCAAGCCUUCCAAAUAGCUUUACGAGCGGAACCAUCAGACGUUUCUACUUGGAUCCUGCUCGGUACCGCUUAUCUCAAACUCGGUCGUCAUAUGGCCGCGCUCAAAGCUCUCUCUCACGCUCUCGAACUGGAUCCUAAAGCUUGGGUCGCACAAUAUAACAUUGGAGAGACAUACCAUCAGCUUGGUGCCUUCGACAAGGCCAUUGAAGCUUAUCAAUCUGUUCUCGAUUUGGAACCACCCUCGAAAAUUGGUGUCAUAGCUUCUCUUGCUCAAUCAACCCUGUCCCUCGGUCGACAAGCUUCCUCGGGAGGAUUCAGACAACGAGCCCGCAAUGCCUUUCACGACACUGUCACAUUAGCCGCGGAUGUUCUUCGAUCCAAACAAGGUCACAGACCAUGGACGUGGAAAACGAUAGGUGAUGCGGCUUUCGAACUGGCCUCACUGGAAACUACAAUGGAAGACGCGCAAACUUCUGCGACCGUACUGAAACCUAUCUUAAAAUUGUUGGUGGAAGACGAUACAGAUCGACACGCUUCAGUGACAGGUCUAGGACACACCUCGAUCUUCGUAUACGCUUACCGUGCUUGGCUUUUGUCGACCGACCUUCGCGUUUCGAAUAUCGCCAUCUACGAUCUGGCUUCUGCCUUACAUGCUUUAGCCAUCUCCCUACCUGGAGGCACUGAUCUGAGAACAUGUUGUCUGAAAGCUGCAAUUGUGAUUGUGCGCAAAGCACUCGAGCAUGAUGCAAGUGACGAAAGACUUUGGAAUGCUUUAGGUGUAAUAUCAUCUUCCGCAGGACCCGCAUUGGCUCAACACGCAUUCAUCAUUUCCCUCGAAUUAUAUUCGAAAGAUCCGAUAGCAUGGACCAACCUUGGGUAUUUAUACCUCAAUCUCGAUGAUUUGAAUUUAGCAAGUGAAUGUUUUGUAAAGGCUCAAAUACUCGAUCCGGAUUAUGCUCAAGCAUGGUAUGGUCAAGGAAUUAUCGCGUAUCGUUCAUUUAAUCAAACCCACGCAACUGAGUUAUUCGCUCAUUCCGUUACUUUAGCGGGUGGUAGUCUACUCGAAGCGAAUAUAGCACACGCUCUCACCAUCUUCCUUCCUUUCCUCGAUCCAUCCUCGUCGAUUUCGAAGUCAACAUCAACAUUACAUCAACCACUUUUCGCUCUUAGAUCAUACAUCCACAAUCGACCAAAAGAUCCAAUGGCUCUAAACCUAUAUGCGUUGAUGUGUGAACGUAUCGGUCUUUCAUCAGAAUCUAUCGAUGCGUUAGUAUCUUCUGCUCAAUUGUUAGAAGAAGAAUAUGAAUCUACCGAAUCUCCUCAAACGGAACAUCUAUAUAUCGUGGUAUUAUGUAAUCUUGCAAGAGUUCGAUUAUCCACUGGAAAUUACACCGAAGCUCUGGAGGGGUUCAAGAAUUGUUUGGAGCUGAUAGAUGGGAAAAAUGGAGAUGAAGAGAGUGAUAUGAGAGUGCAAUGUUUGUUAGGACAAGGUAUUUCCGAGUUUUGGUUAGACAAAGUGGAUCAAAGUUUGGAAAGUUUUGAAAAAUGUUUGGAGAUUUGUCAGGGGAAAGAGAAAAGGGAAGAAGUGAUCGUUUUGUUAGCUAGGACUUUAUGGGGGAUGGGGGAAGAUGGGAAGGAAGUGGCAAAAGAUCAUUUGAUGGAUUGUCUACCAACUACCUCGUCUCAAAUCCUCAUCGCUCUCACGGUCAUUUCCCUCCUCCUUUCAGACAAUGACCUCACUUCGACAUGUCUCUCCACCCUCUCCUCCCUUCCUCUUCAAUCCGACGACCACAUCCCUCUCGUCCUCUCCUCCCACCAGCUGAUCCAGGAUAAUCCGGAGGGAGCUUUAACGAUAUUAGAACAAGCCGUCCAACACCAUCCCACUUCUCUUCAAUCUAGGAUACGACUAGCGAGACUUUUACUGGCUUUGGGGCGGAAAGAAGACGUAUCAUCACUUCUUUCUCGAUGGCCAGGUCAGUUAAGGGAGGACUCAAGUCUAGAAGGUCAAAGAGAGACGUUAUUGGGCAUCGCGACUAUGGACGUGGGAAGAAUACAGAGAGGUGUCAUGAUCCGUCCGUGGAAGGAAGAAGGAUGGUCAGGGUUGACGUAUGGUCGUGGGAAGGGUUAUAAGUGGGCGGUGUAGUUGAAGCCAUAGGAGUUAGGGGAAGGGAAGACAUUACGUGAUAUGAUAUCGUUCGAGUUGGAGGUGGGCGAGGGAAGAGAGGAUCGUCGGAUAAAGGAUCGAUGCCGUCAUCGGUCAAUGAUUGGGUUUCCGACUAUUUUUGUUGUCUAUAUAGGGUGAAGGGUUCUCCUUAUGAUCCUCCAAUACUGUAUCAUUUUUAUCAGAAUGGCUGAAUCUCAUAC